AUGGGAGAUGCAUUCGAUCAAAGAUUCGAAGCGGCUUUCGAUGAAUGUUUUGAAGAUACAUACAACAACAUCGUGGAGAACCGAACAAAGAAACAAAGCAAACGUGCAUAUGUCGAACGAAACCGCGAAGAGGGCUAUACCCGUCUAUGGAAUGACUACUUCAGUGAAGAUCCGAUAUUUUCGGCUCAUUUAUUCAGACAGCGUUUCCGCAUGAACAAGGCAGUAUUCAUGCGUAUUGUCGAUCGCCUCUUAGAAAAUGUUCCAUUCUUUCAACAAAGGAGAGAUGAUGUCGGAAGGUUAGGUCUAUCUCCACUACAAAAGUGUACGGCAGCUCUUCGUAUGCUUGCUUAUGGCUGUGCAGCUGACGCCGUUGACGUAUCUCCGACUUGGUGA